CAUUGGUGCGUUAUCAUGUGAGCCGAUGAAAUGAUGUUUUCUUGAAUUUUAUCGUCGCGAGUGGAAAUUAAAAUUGUGAUUUAGUGAAUUGUGACAUAGCAAACUAUGGCGGACCUUAAAUCGCCACCGUUUAGUGACAUUAAAAGACCUGAGGAAGUCGUCAGAAUGACGACCAACGAUAGCCUGAAAUUUGCAGUUCUUAUCGGGCUGAUUGAAGUCGGACAGGUAACCAACCGGGAGGUGGUGAAUACUGUUCUGCACCUGCUGGUCGGUGGCGAGUUCGACAUGGAAUUAAACUUCGUGAUUCAAGACGCGCAAAACAUACAGCACAUGCUGGAACUGCUGGAUCACUGCCCGCCAAGCCUGCAGGCGGAGAUCUGGUCAGUGUUCAUCGCGAUAUUGAGAAAAAGCGUGCGCAAUCUGCAAGCAUGCACCGACGUGGGCCUCAUACACCACGUGCUACAACGACUUCCACGCGCGGAAACCGUUGUUGCCGAUCUCUUGAUAGAAAUGUUGGGGGUACUGGCUAGUUACAGCGUUACGGUUAAAGAACUUAAACAGUUGUUUAAUGCUAUGAAGGCAGUCAACGGUAAAUGGCCGAGGCACUCCGCUAAGCUGUUAAACGUGCUCCGUCAGAUGCCACACAGGAACGGUCCGGACGUAUUCUUCAGUUUUCCCGGCAGAAAAGGAUCGGCCGUGGUCCUCCCGCCGCUCGCGAGAUGGCCAUACGAGAACGGAUUUACAUUCACGACGUGGUUUCGGUUGGACCCCAUCAACUCCGUCAACAUUGAACGAGAGAAACCAUAUCUAUACUGCUUUAAAACUAGCAAAGGUGUCGGUUACACGGCCCACUUCGUCGGUAACUGUUUGGUACUGACCUCUAUGAAGGUACGGGGCAAAGGAUUUCAACAUUGUGUCAAAUACGAGUUCCAACCGAGAAGGUGGUACGCUAUUGCGGUCGUGUACAUAUACAACAGAUGGACGAAAAGCGAGAUCAAGUGCUUAGUCAAUGGACAACUGGCAUCCAGUACAGAAAUGGCCUGGUUCGUCUCUACAAACGACCCUUUCGACAAAUGCUACAUCGGCGCGACUGCGGAGUUGGAUGAGGAGCGAGUUUUUUGCGGCCAGAUGGCGGCCAUAUACCUGUUCGGCGAAGCGCUCACCACACACCAAAUUUGCGCCAUGCACAGACUCGGGCCCGGAUAUAAGAGUCAAUUCCGUUUCGACAACGAAUGCAACAUCAGUUUACCGGAGAAUCACAAACGGGUGAGCGAGACAGCCGCUCCCAAGCUUGAUGCUGAAAUUCCUUCCAUUCCCGAAAGUGAACCCCAAACUCCCGAAACCCAAUCCCCCGAGCCCGCUUCGCGAGAUGAAGAUACUAAGGCGGCAGAAAGUGAAGAAGCUUGCGUAGUUGUUAAAGAAGAUUCGACGCCUCGCGGGCGCCGAUUGGCAGACGAGGCGCGCGAAGUGGCCGCUGCGCAUGCAACUCUGCUCGUAGAUAUUGAAGCAUGCAAGCGUGUGCUGUACGACGGCAAACUGUCAUCGGCGAUAGUGUUCAUGUAUAAUCCGGUGGCAACUGACGGUCAACUGUGUUUGCAGUCGGCUCCCAAAGGCAAUGUGUCGUACUUUGUGCAUACGCCACAUGCACUUAUGCUGCAGGAGGUUAAGGCAGUAGUUACACAUUCCAUCCACAGUGCACUCAACUCUAUCGGUGGCGUACAAGUGUUGUUUCCGCUGUUCGCGCAACUCGACUUGCCGCACGAUGCGCCGGCCGCCGACCCUAAACGUGAUCCCAUGCUGUGUUCGAAACUCCUCGGUUUCGUGUGUUCGCUGGUGGAGUCGUGCAGCACGGUGCAGCAGCACAUGCUGCAGUGUCGCGGUUUCCUCGUAAUAUCGCACAUGCUGCAACGCUGCGGACGAGACCACCUCACCCCGGACACGCUCGCUUCCUUCCUGCAUCUGACGAAACAUCUUGUCACUUGCUGUUCUCCUAAUUCUGAUUUGCUUUUGAAACAGCUGCUGGACCACGUGCUGUUCAACCCCGCGCUGUGGAUCCACACGCCGGCGGCGGUGCAGGCGCGCCUGUACUGCUACCUCGCCACGGACUUCCUGGCCGACGCGCACAUCUACGGCAGCGUGCGGCGCGUCAGCACCGUGCUGCAGACCGUGCACACGCUCAAGUACUACUACUGGGUCGUCAACCCCAGGACGAAGAGCGGCAUCACGCCUAAAGGUUUGGAUGGUCCCCGCCCAGCGCAUAAGGAUAUAUUGACAAUACGAGCAUACAUCCUGCUAUUCCUCAAGCAACUCAUCAUGAUCGGUAACGGCGUGAAGGAGGACGAGCUCCAGUCUAUCUUGAAUUAUCUCACCACUAUGCAUGAGGAUGAGAAUCUUCAUGAUGUACUACAAAUGUUGAUAUCGUUAAUGUCGGAGCACCCCAGUUCUAUGGUCCCAGCUUUUGACGCGAAGGGCGGCGUGAGGACCAUCUUCAAGCUGCUGUCAUCGGAGAGUCAGCUCAUACGCCUGCAAGCGCUGAAGCUCCUCGGGUUCUUCCUGAGCAGGAGCACCCACAAGCGCAAGUACGACGUGAUGUCGCCGCACAACCUGUACACGCUGCUGGCCACGCGGCUGGGCGCGGGCGGCGAGGCGCUGGCGCUGCCCGUGUACAACGCGCUGUACGAGCUGCUCACCGAGCACGUGGGGCAGCAGAUCCUGUACACCAGCCACCCCGAGCCGCAGCCGCACUUCCGCCUCGAGAACCCCAUGAUCCUGAAGGUCGUCGCAACACUGAUCCGCCAGUCGAAGCAAACGGAGCAGUUGCUGGAGGUGAAGAAGUUGUUCCUGUCGGACAUGACGCUCCUGUGCAGCAACAACCGGGAGAACAGGCGUACGGUGCUGCAGAUGUCGGUGUGGCAGGAGUGGCUCAUAGCGAUGGCCUACAUACACCCCAAGAACGCAGAGGAGCAGAAGAUAUCCGACAUGGUGUACUCGCUGUUCCGCAUGCUGCUGCACCACGCCAUCAAGCACGAGUACGGCGGCUGGAGGGUGUGGGUGGAUACGCUGGCCAUCGUGCACUCUAAGGUAUCCUACGAAGAAUUUAAACUCCAAUUCGCUCAAAUGUACGAACAUUACGAGCAAAGACGAGCCGACAAUAUUACAGACCCUGCGGAAAGGCAACAACGACCUAUCUCAACGAUAUCCGGCUGGGAUAGACACACAGAUGCUUCUGCCAAGGCCAGGGUUCUCCCGGAUGCAGACGGCAGCGAUGAAAGUACUCCAGUUACUGUCAUAAAACAAAACGUCCUCAAUCACGGAGCUCAAACUGAACUAGGGAAAGGACUGUCACUCCGAGAAGUUGAAUCGUGUAGGUGUAAAAAGCCAAGUGAAAGUACAGAAGAUAGUCGGACUACAGUAGUGUAUAGUGAAGUGUGUAAAGUGCAUAGCCCAGUUAAAACUGUCAAUAUCGAAGUGCCCAUCGAUGGUUGUGAUAGUGUUAGUAAUGCCGAAGUCGAACACGCUAUCGACGAAGAACAGAUCGAAGACAAAAUGCUCAACGCAAAUAACGAAUUAGUUCAAUCUAUUAUUGAAAAUAAGCUUCUAGAAAGUUCGGAGUCAGGUAUCGGGACGAUCGAACCUGAUUCAGAGAAAACUGAUAAGCCCUUGACUAGACAAGGCAGUCUCGACUACAUUCCGGUUAGAGAUAUUGGAGAUAACGUAAUGAAAGACGAUAACACAGACAAGAGUGAAGGGUUGCCCUCUAGUUUAUCGGUGAGUGAAACGGCAAGUCCCGAGAGAGUUGCAGAUGGUUUAAAUAAUAUAAAUGAAAGAGAAUCCGAGCUAUCAGAUCCGUCCGAAUUGUACUUAACUCCAAGUGAAGCGACUAGUCCUAGAAAAAUACAAGAAAAGACUGAUUCUAGCAUUCCAGACGAUUCUAGUGUUUCAACUGAUGACCCUAAACACAUUGCGAUAAAUAUUGUCAAUGAUGUAUUAACAGUUGCUUUGGAAACUGUGAGAUUAAAAACAGACGACGAUACCGAUUCUGGAGCUAUAUCUGGGGGCCUUCAUUCAGAGGGAAACACACCGAAUGGUCGCGAAGACUUAGAACAAGAUAUUGAAGAUAUUUUGGAUCAAAAACAAGUCGUAGAAACGAUUGCUAAUGACUUAGUUAUGGAUAUAAUCUCGGCGGUUGUUUCUAAAAGCGAAGAUAUAAAUGUAACAGAUAUCAAUUUAGAUAGUCCUCACAGGGAUUUACCAGAACUUUCGCACGAGAGUAAUGUCUUACCUCUCGACGGGGAGUUUUUAGUUCCCACAACAGAAGAAUCCAAAAGUGAAUCCACAUCGCCAACUGGCAUUGAUGUUGAAGAAAAUUCCAAAAAUGAAAGCCAAAGAAUAGAAACUAAUGAAAUAGAAGAACCCAAAACGCCCGAAAUACCUCCGAUAUCAACCAUUAGUGAGAAUAUAUCCCUAGCUAAUAAGAAAGAGCAGGAUAACGAAGAAGAAAGGAAUUGUGACGAAAGGGACAAGAGACGAGUUAGCUUGCCCGGUGAUAGUGAGAUGAAGCAGGACAGCAAUAGAGGCGAAGGUGUCGCUACACAAGGGACGAACACGUCAACGUCACCAAAGAGGCCCCGCAGCGCAUCUACGAGUACACAAGUUGACUCAAAUCACUUCGAAACUAAACGGCCGUCCAAGUGCAAUCGGCCGAUGUUCUCUCCCGGACCGACCAGACCACCGUUUCGCAUACCGGAAUUCCGUUGGUCUUAUAUUCACCAGCGCCUGCUAUCUGAUGUACUAUUCUCACUGGAGACUGAUAUCCAGGUCUGGCGAAGUCACUCCACUAAAUCCGUAAUAGACUUCGUGAACAGCAGCGAGAACGCGAUCUUCGUCGUGAACACCGUGCACCUCAUCAGCCAGCUCGCCGACAACCUCAUCAUCGCGUGCGGCGGCCUGCUGCCGCUGCUGGCCUCCGCCACCUCGCCUAAUAACGAAUUAGAUGUGAUCGAGCCCACACAGGGAAUGCCCGUCGAAGUUGCGGUCACGUUUCUACAGCGGCUGGUGUCGAUGGCCGACGUGCUGAUAUUCGCAAGCGCACUGAACUUCGCUGAACUGGAAGCUGAAAAGAACAUGUCCAGCGGGGGAAUACUGAGACAGUGUCUGAGACUGGUGUGCACGUGUGCCGUGCGCAAUUGUCUCGAGUGUAAGGAGCGCCAGCGCUGCGCCGCGGCAAGGAACAAUCGCAACGAAUCCCCUUCGCCUAAGAGUGUCGUUGCGAGUUUAGCCGAUGCUUCGAGUCCGGUGAAAGACCCCGAGAGAUUACUGCAGGACAUGGACGUGAACAGGCUGCGUGCCGUGAUCUACAGAGACGUCGAGGAGACGAAGCAGGCGCAGUUCCUGUCGCUGGCGAUCGUGUACUUCAUCUCGGUGCUGAUGGUGUCGAAGUACCGCGACAUCCUGGAGCCGCCCGCGCACGCGCCGCCCGAGUGCCGCCGCGCGCCGCACGCGCACGAGCACCACGGGUCGCGGCCGCUGUUCCCCCAGUGGUCGCACCACGUGUACCCCCAGUUCCUGCCGGGUGGGCAUCCCGCUCACCGCCACUCGCACUGCAAGCUCGAUUGCGGCCAACACGUUACCAAUAAUACGCACGCGCACGCACGCAUCGCUAAUUACCACCGCGCGCACGCAGAACACAACGGAGAUGACGUCGAGUACGCUAUGAUAGUUGUGGACGAAAACAACUCGACGAUGAAUGAGUUGGACUCGCCGUCCAUGAAGGAUGGGACGGAAGAGGGCGUCGCUAAGAUUGAGACGACCACGGACGAAGUAAAACCGAAUUCCGGUGAGAAGUCCAAGGUGGUGGAACUGGCGGUAACACCGAGCUCUGAGAAAGAGGAGCCGCUAUUCAAAUCGAGUCUCCGAGUGAAGACUCAGACCAAGCAGAAGCCUCCCAGCGCAAGGUCCAAAACAUUGUCGGGAAUAACGGUGUCGGUUGUGAACCUGAGCGUGGACUCGAUCGAAGACGCUGGCUCGUUCCAUCUUAACUCGACCGAGACCACUAAUAACGACCCCGAAACCUCCAGCGAGAUCGCCUUGGAUGACAAUAAACACCCAGUCAGUAAUGAUGAAUCAUGGACCGAUGUAAACUUAAACGAAGAUGGCGAAAGGGGUCCAGCCACGAUUACGGGGAGGACCAGAGACCACGAGGGAAAUAUUCAUGAAGAUAUGGAUAAACAAAUUCACAUGAGGAAUUCUGACCAUCAUCACAUCACUCAGCGUCUUAACAGAACACUACAAACAGCUCAACGGCAUCUACAUCCUGAUAACGAAGCUCUAGCAGGCCUCACAAUGAACGCAUCAAUGUCCGCUGAUGGGGUGUCUCGAGAAGCGUCUCUCACUCACAAGCUGGAGACCGCUUUGGGUCCAGUUUGUCCUUUGCUGAGAGAAAUCAUGCUAGAUUUUGCACCCUUUCUGUCCAAGACAUUAGUGGGCAGUCACGGUCAAGAAUUGUUAAUGGAGGGUCUCCAAACCUUCAAAUCCAGUACAUCCGUAGUGGAACUGGUGAUGCUCCUCUGCUCCCAAGAGUGGCAGAACUCCCUCCAGAAGCACGCGGGCCUGGCCUUCAUCGAACUCAUCAACGAGGGCAGGCUGCUGUCACACGCGAUGAGGGAUCACAUCGUCAGGGUCGCCAACGAGGCCGAAUUCAUUCUGAACAGGAUGAGGGCCGACGACGUCCUCAAACAUGCCGAUUUCGAGUGCGUGUGCGCGAGCACGAGCCAGGAGCGCUCGGAGGAGGAGCGCACGUGCGAGCGCCUCAUCGCCGCCGCGCGCCGCCGCGACCACGCCGCCGCCGCGCGCCUGCUCGACAAGCUGCACCACGCCGCCGCCGCGCGCGCCGGCGAGGGCGAGUCCAUCGACGGCGGCUUCUGGAAGCUGGACUCGUGGGAGGACGACGCGCGGCGCCGCCGCCGCCUCGUGCCCGACGCGCGCGGGCGCCGCCACGCCGCGCGCGCGCACCACGCGCCGCCGCCGCCGCCCACCGACGCCAUCCUGCAGGCCACGGAGGAGCUGCACGCGCGCAUCGCGCAGGCGGCGGGCGGCGCGCAGCUGCCGGCGCCCGCCGCGGCCGAGCUGCUGGACGACGCCGAGCUGCUGCUGGACGAGCGCGACGCCGAGCAGGACCUGGCCGGUCCCGUGAACAUCAGCACGAAGGCUCGACUGGUGGCGCCGGGGCUGGUGGCGCCGGGCGUGGUGUCGCUGACCUCCACCGAGCUGUACUUCGAGGUGGACGAGGACGACCCCGAGUACAAGAAGGUCGACCCUGAGGUUUUGAAGUACUGCGAACAUCUGCAUGGAAAAUGGUACUUCAGCGAAAUCCGGGCGAUCUUCUCGCGUCGGUAUCUCUUGCAGAGUAUCGCCAUCGAGAUGUUCCUCGCUAGCAGGACGUCAAUAUUCUUCGCGUUCCCCGACCAGGCUACGGUGAAAAAGGUCAUAAAAGCGCUACCGAGGGUCGGAGUCGGCAUCAAGUACGGGAUCCCCCAGACCAGGCGCGCGUCAAUGAUGUCUCCGCGUCAACUCAUGCGCAACUCAAACAUGACGCAGAAGUGGCAACGACGUGAGAUAUCCAACUUCGAAUAUCUCAUGUUUCUGAAUACGAUUGCCGGUCGAACGUACAACGAUCUGAACCAGUACCCAGUGUUUCCAUGGGUGCUCACCAACUACGAGAGUGAAGAGUUGGAUCUCAGUCAACCAUCGAACUACAGGGACCUAUCUAAGCCAAUUGGAGCUCUGAACCCAAGUCGUCGCGCUUACUUCGAGGAGCGCUACAACACAUGGGAGCACGAGUCGACGCCUCCCUUCCACUACGGCACCCACUACUCCACAGCAGCGUUCGUGCUCAAUUGGCUCGUGCGCAUUGAACCGAUGACUACGAUGUUCUUAGCGCUUCACGGAGGCAAAUUUGACCAUCCCAAUCGACUCUUCUCAUCUAUUGCACUUUCCUGGAAAAACUGCCAAAGAGACACGUCCGAUGUAAAGGAACUCAUACCCGAACUCUUCUUCCUACCUGAGAUGCUGGUGAAUAGCUCCGGAUACAAGUUGGGUAUCCCGGACUCCCCUUCUGGAGAUGUGAUCUUACCUCCCUGGGCGUCGUCCGCGGAAGAGUUCGUUAGGAUCAACCGAAUGGCCUUGGAGUCAGAAUUCGUUAGCUGCCAAUUACAUCAAUGGAUCGAUUUGAUCUUCGGUUACAAACAAAGAGGGCCCGAAGCCGUCCGCGCCACCAACGUGUUCUACUACCUGACGUACGAGGGCGGCGUGCGGCUGGAGCAGAUAACGGAGCCGAUCACGCGCGCCGCCAUCGAGGACCAGAUCCGCAGCUUCGGGCAGACGCCGGCGCAGCUGCUGAGCGAGCCGCACCCGCCGCGCGCCUCCACCAUGCACCUGGCGCCGCUCAUGUUCGCGGCCGCGCCCGACGACGUGUGCCUGCGCCUCAAGCUGCCCUCCAACGCCGCCGUGGUGCACGUGUCGGCCAACACCUACCCGCAGCUCGCCAUGCCGGCCGCCGUCACGGUGAGCGCGGCGCGCGCCUUCGCGGCCCACCGCUGGGCCGGCGGCGGCUGCGCGCACUCCGCGCCCGCCCGCCACGCCGACCACCCGCCCCCGCACCACCCGCUCGUCAUGGACCCCGUGUGGGCGGCGGGGGGCGCGGCGCAGACCCGUCGCCAGCUGGGCGACAACUUCUCCCAGCGGGUGCGCGCACGCAGCAACUGCUUCGUGACCACCGUCGACUCGCGCUUCCUCAUCGCCGCCGGUUUCUGGGACAACAGCUUCCGCGUCUUCUCCACCGAGACAGCCAAAAUAGUACAAAUAAUCUUCGGGCACUACGGCGUCGUGACGUGCGUGUCGCGCUCCGAGUGCAACAUCACGUCGGACUGCUACAUCGCGUCGGGCUCCGAGGACUGCACCGUGCUGCUGUGGCACUGGUCGGCGCGGCACGGCGGCAUCGUGGGCGAGGGCGAGACGCCGGCGCCGCGCGUGACGCUGACGGGCCACGACGCGCCGCUCAACGGCGUGCUGGUGUCGGCCGAGCUCGGCCUCGUCAUCUCGUCCUCCGUCAACGGGCCGGUGCUGAUCCACACCACGUUCGGCGAGCUGCUGCGCUCGCUGGCGGCGGCGGAGGGGGUGACGGGCCCGCAGCAGCUGGCGCUCUCCCGCGAGGGGGUGGUGGUGGUCGCCUACGCGCGCGGACACCUGGCUGCCUUCACGCUCAACGGCAGGCGGCUGCGGCACGAGACGCACAACGACAACUUCCAGUGCCUGGCGCUGUCGCGCUGCGGCGAGUACCUGGUGUGCGCGGGCGACGCGGGCGUGGUGGAGGUGUGGCGCGCCUUCACGCUGGCGCCGCUGUACGCCUUCCCGCCCGCCGGCGCGCCCGUGUGCAGCCUGGCGCUGUCGCACGACCAGCGCUUCCUGCUGGCCGGCCUCGACAACGGCUCGCUCGUCGUGUUCCACGUCGACUUCAACCGGUGGCACCACGAGUACCAGCAGCGGUACUGAGUCUCGUGGACUCCUUAUUCAGAUUUGCCUUUUGAGGAUUCGCGUUCAUACUCCAAGGUAUAUCCAAGGUGUAUCGCUGGCGCGUUCGUGAGCGGUAGUGGAGGUUAGUUUGCGCAUCGCAGAUUGUCUCGUUGCGUACGAUUUCGACAUGGCGCUGUUCUCUAUCGUUAUUCUGAAAAAUAGACCAAAGUGAAACUUAUUUGAUAACUUUUAUUAUUUAUUUUAUAUAAAAUUUAAAGGAAUAAUUUUUGUAUUUUAUAAUUUGGUUUAAUAAACAAACUACGUAUAACGAUAUCGAUUACAUUCUAACGGUAGAGAACGGUGCGUGUCUAUAUUAUAGUUUAACGUUGGGAAUGUUUAGCAUUCGUUUAAUGUAAAGGCAGCAAGCAGUGGACACGUAGUCGUAAGUAAAAUAAUUUUACAUAAUUGACAUUCCAAUUUAAUUAAUAUAUAAUUCGUUUUAUUUAUAUAAAUUAAAUUUUAUUUAAAACGUCCGCUUUAUUUUCUUAGUGCCAUAAGUGACUUCGAAAGGUAUUAGAUAUUUAGUGAUUAUUAUUUUCCUUAAAUAGAUCUCCUCACUCCUCACUAUGACGUCCAUUUUUAUUUUAACGCUACGUUCAACGUUUGUGUACUUGAUUAUAUUAUUUAUUGUGCAAUACUUUUAUUAAUCGCUUUAUACGAAAAUGAAAUAUAUUUGAUAUUAUUUCUUAUGCGACAAUUCGACAUUUUUUUUUAAAUCAAUAAUCUAUUAUUUUAAAUGAUUUCAAAAACAUUCCGACAAAAUUGUUUUCUAUUCUUUGGUGGAGGGUAAGCUAGGCUGAAGUACUUAAAAUUUAUUAAAUAAUAUUGUUGUAAUCUUUAUCACUUUUGUUUUUUAUUAAAUGGUCAUAUUGACUUAUUUUGCUUUUUUAUUUAUUUCCUUUUUUGUUUCCGCCAUACUUUGACCGCGACCUCAUUCCAAUUCAGUUGCAUCGCCGUCGUUCAUCGAGUCGAGUCAGAGGUGCGAGCGCCGAUGUAGACAUUUUCGCUGUUAACAAUGUCAAUAUAACUUAGAAGGAGUUUAGAUGGUACGUAAUGUUAAAGCUAAUUAUUGUGUUACGGCUGGGUUCAAACCAGACUAGUUUUUUACGCGAUUGUAUUUAUUGUAAAAAAAAUCAAUUAAAAUAAGUAUAUUUUUUCAUCAGCACACCGGCACCGCUCCUUCCGUUCUGUGAUUUAGGCUUUAAACCGCACACUAGAAAUAAAUAUAUCUUCUAAUAUCUAACUGUGCCAAAACUAUUGUAAAAUAAAGAUCGUCGAGAGAACAGUUAUCGUAUGAGAUAGACAGUUACCGCUCUGCCUUCAUUUCCAUUCCUAUCUGUGUCUGUUAGCCUUGUUAGGUUAGAAGUUGAAAUCUUUUAAGAGUAUUGUAGACGAUUCUAGUAACAAAUUCUCUUAGUACUUUCUAGAAAAUUGUACAAAUGACCCUUGAACCCUUGUCUCACGUCCCACUGUAGUUCUAUUCUAGUAGAUUCUUAAACUAGAUACUGUUAGCGCUUCACAUCUUUCUAUUUAUACAAAGUUAUCGAUCGCCAAUUGUAACUAUAGAAUUUCUCGAAUUAAUUACUCUUGUUUACCAGAGCGAAGUUAAUUAGGACUACUGUUCAAGACGAUACAGUCGCCCGUGCGUACGGCCCUAGGCCAUACGAAGCACCACUGCCAUCUGGUGACCGAACCGCUUAAUGUCUCCGUCGCUUUAUUGUCUCUUCAGAUUUCAAAAACAGCCUUAAAAAAUACUAUAAAAAAUAUUUUAAUACUUCUUAAGAUCAAUAGCUCUAGCACUUAACCGUAAAAUAAUAAAAUACAAUCACCCUUAAAUGCUUCACGUUACCAGUAAUCGUUUAGAUCGCCCAGUACCGCUCGAUCACCCGCCGCACGCUGACAAAGAGGCACGCUAUACGCAAUUCUGUCCAUUAAAGUAAGUUAAAUGUAAGCGAAUGUUGGCUUAGAUGAAUAAGAUUUUAUUUUUUAGUAUUUAAGAUCACCUGUAUAUUUCGAAAAGUAAUCACUGUCCUGCCCACGUAAUUGUAAGCAAAUUCAAUACUCUACGAGCGAUGAAGCCGUCGGCUAACGCGUAGCGUCGGGAACGAACGAGUCGAGCUUAGACGCGGGCCCGAGCGCUGCGACUUGCUUCCCGCGAACGGUCGGCAACAAUCGGCGUUUGUGAGAAAUGCUUCUCUAAUUAUUAUUCACAUUACAGUAAGAUUUUUUUAUGAACUGCCUCGGCCGUCUGCAGGUCUCGGCGUCUAAUCUAGAUGAUAUAUAUGAUAAAUUGUUGUUGAGCGUAUUAGUCAAUGAUGCAUAGACUAGAUUUAUUUUAGGAUCGUAGCCGCUGUAGAUUAUUGAACGAAAUUUGUGGAAAUCGUUGGAAAUCUUCGUCUCUUUCUAGAUAUUAAUUUAGCUUUUUUAAUAUUGCAUUUUAGUAACAUGCGAUUUAUUAAAUACUUUAUUAAGAAGAUUGUAAGAAAAGUUACGGUCGACUUUGUGUUGUUAACAUUGUUAUUUGUUUAAACUAUAUUUUAAAUGUAUCCGUAGUGAGUAAUGCUAAAUCAAUUAUUAGUUAUUGUUCGAUUAUAUGUAUAAUAUGUAAGUUAUCU